ACAAGCUCCAAAUACAAAAUUAUUAAAUUUAUCAAUAUAUUUAAAGCAAAUAUUCAUUAUUAUCUUCAAAAUAAAGAAAAGCCGUCUACUAGUUCUCUAAAUACUAAAUCUCUAAAUAACUGUUAUGAUAAUAGUUCAUCAUCUCAACUAGCCAAAUCUUCAAUUAAAUAUGAUAAUGAUGAGAAUAAUGAUUAUGAGAAUAGUGUUAAUCUUAAUGAUGAUAUUGUUGUGUCUGAAGAGGAAGAGGAUCAAAGUGUUCAAGAAGAAGAGAGUCAAAACGAAGAUGCUGAUACUGAAUCUGAUUUUGCUGGUGACAAUAUUAAAGUUAUAAUUAGUGAUCCUGUUCAAGAGCUUUUUAUCU